CAAAUAAAAUUAUAAGAACCCCAAAUCAUUUGCUUGUAAAGGGUGUAGACUUGCGAAGAUUCACAACCCAAAGAUUCAAUUCAAACACACACACGAACCUCUUUUCUCUCUCUACGUCUUCCAUUCGCAGAGAGAAAGUGACUGAAUCAGUUCUAAUCAUUUAUCAGAGAGAAAGAAAGACUUUGAUCACGGAGAGAGCGCCGGAGUAAACGGUUUCUAUUCUCACCUUUUUAUCCGGGAAAAAUACGUCCUCUGAUGGGGAAAUCACCACUUGUACUCUGAUUUUUUUGGGCACAAGAGAUCUGCAAGAGGCAUCCAGCAUAGUACCUAAAUCAUCAAUUAUGGUACAAGUCAGGGCAUUUUCACAGUCUUCUUUGCUGCUAUUGGCUCCAUCUCAGCUAUGCACUUCAAGGCAAGGGCAAUUUCCUAUUGGUCGAAGCCAGGCAUCAUUAGCAAUAACUAAAUCUAUGUCUUCACUAACAACUAGGCUGGCUACAUUUCGAACCACUUGUACUGAGCAAAAGCAACUUUUCUGGGGGACUAGAGUUGGUGUUGUUUCAGACUCUAAGAUGCCAACCACCUUUACAGUUGAUUCCGCUGGGGAAGGUAUUGAUGUUCUACCAGACUCUGGUGGAUCAAAUGACAAUUUUGGUGGUGUGAGUGGCAAUGGUGGCAGUGGUGGAGGUGGUAAUGGCGGUAAUGAUGACAACAGUAAAGGGGGCUCGAAUGGAAGUGAAGAUCAAAGUGGGGGCAACAAGGAGGGUAUGUCAAUGUCACAGAAACUUACACUGGGCUAUGCUGCCUUGGUUGGAAUCGGUGGGAUAAUGGGCUAUUUGAAGGGUGGAAGCCAGAAGUCAUUGAUUGCUGGUGGAUUGUCAGCAUCAGUAUUGUAUUGUGUUUACACUAUGCUUCCAUCAAAUCCUGUUUUGGCAUCGGCGCUGGGUCUUGGACUGUCUGCUUCUCUUCUUGGAGUGAUGGGUUCUCGCUUCAAGAAGUCUGGGAAGAUCUUCCCAGCUGGUGUUGUCUCCUUUGCAUCACUAGUCAUGACUGGUGGUUAUUUGCAUGGAAUUUUACGCAGUCUGCACUGAUGAUACUCAAAGUGUCUUUUUGGGCCAUAUAUCAGGUGCUAUGGUUUAGGGUUACUCUUAUCAGAUAUGCAGAAGUGAGAAUUCUGCAUCCUUUUACAUCCUGUGUCUGGGUGAGUUGAGCUUCAAAUCGGAUGAAUAGGACAUGGCUGUAGACAUUUAUAUGCUGAAACUUUAUUCACAUUUCUAUGUUUUGCUUUUAAUUGAGUGUUGAUAAGGAGCACGCAAUAUAUGAUAGACCUGCGUUAGGUUAUUUCCUGUUCUGUAGUGGGUGGCUGUCUAUAUGCAAACUUAAUGGAGAUGUGCUCUUAAAA